GUGCAGCCUCCCGUCCGCCAGGGGGCGCCACGCGCCGCGCUCAGGGGCGUCUCGGUCACGUGACCGCUGAACCAGCCAAUGGCGAGACGAGUCUGACCAAGGGGGGUGAUGUCAGCGCUUCGCUGGUUGCCAUGGAAACUGAGCCACCGCCCUUCUCCGCUUCCGGGAGCGACGGGCCAAUCAGCGGGAGGGCGGGAAAACGCGCCCCGCCCUCGCCUCAAAGCCGCUCAGCGAUUGGUGAAGCGGGAGGAGAGCUCGCCCAAUCACGCGGUCGGGGUGGUGCCGUUGGUCUUGAUUGGCAGCGGAGCAGCCAAUGAGAAGCUUCGGCUCUUCCGGCUCCACGUCGGCAGCGACGGACGCAAAAUGGAGGCGCUGAUACUGGAGCCGUCCCUGUACACCGUCAAGGCCGUCAUCAUCCUGGACAACGACGGCGACCGGCUCUUCGCCAAGUACUACGACGACACGUACCCCAGCGCCAAGGAGCAGCGCUGCUUCGAGAAGAACAUCUUCAACAAGACCCAUCGCACUGACAGUGAGAUCGCUCUGCUGGAGGGGCUGACGGUCGUCUACAAGAGCAGCAUCGACCUCUACUUCUAUGUGAUAGGGAGCUCCUAUGAGAAUGAGCUGAUGCUGACGGCCGUGCUCAACUGCCUCUUUGACUCCCUCAGUCAGAUGCUGCGGAAGAACGUGGAGAAGCGGGUGCUGCUGGAAAACAUGGAGGGGCUGUUCCUGGCCAUGGACGAGAUCGUGGACGGCGGAGUCGUGCUGGAGAGUGACCCCCAGCAAGUGGUUCAUCGUGUGGCUGUGAGGGGUGAGGACGUGCCCCUCACAGAGCAGACAGUCUCACAGGUGCUGCAGUCAGCCAAGGAGCAGAUCAAGUGGUCUCUGCUGCGUUAAUGGGCCCCCCCUUGCCCCCCAAAUCACAUCUGACCCCCCCCCAAUUGCCCUGUGCUGCCUCAUCUGUGUUGUACCCCCCCCCCCUUUGACUGGGGGGGUCUUUAGAGCUGUUGGGGGACAGGAACCCCCCCCCCCAAAUACAAAACUACAUCUCAAA